CAUGUUCGGGGCUUGGUGAACCUUAUACCCCUGCGUCAUCCUGUUUCGUCACGGAGGCUUCAUAUCCGAAACACUGCAAAUGACAACAGGACCAAACUAUCACGUCACCUCAAAGCGCUCAUAUAAAAGACACCUAUAAUUCGCCAAAUAUGAAAUUCAGAUCUUCUCUCAAUACAGUGUCGUUCGUUAUUUACUGACUUCAUCAUGAAGUUGCUCUCUCUUCUCGCUGCUUCGGCAAGCGUUGCGCAAGCUGCUCUCAAAUGGCAGAAUGUCCGUUUCGGCGGUGGAGGCGGCUUUGUCCCUGGCAUCGAGUUCCAUCCAACUGCCAAGGGCGUUGCCUAUGCACGAACCGAUAUUGGUGGUCUUUAUCGUCUCAAUGCGGAUGAUUCUUGGACACCACUCACUGACAAUACUGGUGUUGAUGCGACAUGGAGCCGUUGGGGUAUCGACGCUCUGGCCCUUGAUCCAAGCAACCCUAACAAGGUCCUCACCGCUGCUGGAUUAUAUACCAACUCAUGGGACCCCAACAAGGGAGCAAUUGGUAUCAGUAAUGACAAAGGCGCCACAUGGUCCUUCACUGAGCUCCCCUUCAAAGUAGGCGGAAACAUGCCCGGUCGCGGCAUGGGUGAGCGUCUCGCCGUUGAUCCCAAGAACUCCAACAUCAUCUAUUUCGGAGCCCGAAGUGGCAACGGUCUCUGGAAGAGUACAGAUGGUGGUAAGAGCUUCUCCAAGGUCACUUCCUUCACCAAUGUUGGUACCUAUGUUGCCGAUCCGAGUGACAGCUCUGGAUACAACAGUGACAUCCAGGGUUUGUCCUUCGUCACAUUUGACUCUACUUCAUCUCUUGUCAAUGGUGCUACGUCGAGGAUCUUCGUUGGUGUUGCUGAUACAAAGACUGCUUCUGUGUAUGUGACUACUGACGCGGGUAAGACGUGGAAGCCUGUUGAUGGGCAGCCUGUGAAGUACCUCCCCCACAAAGGCCAGUUUUCACCAAAGGAGAAGGCGCUAUACCUCUCGUACAGCAAUGGUGGUGGGCCAUAUGAUGGUACUGCUGGUGCUGUGUACCGCUAUGACGUUGCUGCCAACACUUGGAAGGACAUCACCCCGCCUGGAGACAUCUACUUCGGCUUUGGUGGUCUUGCACUCGACCGCCAGAAAUCGGGUACUCUUGUCGUUGCCUCUCUGAACUCUUGGUAUCCCGAUGCUCAGUUCUUCCGAUCCACUGACUCUGGCAAGACGUGGUCUACGCUCUGGAACUAUAACGCUCAGGGCAACCUUGAUCUUCACUACAGCAUCUCCACACCAAAGGCUCCCUGGAUCUACAAGAACUUCAUCUCAGUUGAUACCAAGAAGCUGGGCUGGAUGGUUGAAGCUCUGGCUAUUGAUCCUUUUGACAGCGACCACUGGCUGUACGGCACUGGCCUGACACUCUACGGAGGCCAUGAUCUUACCAAGUGGGAUACCGUCCACAACAUCACCAUUGAGUCUCUCGCCGACGGUAUUGAAGAAACCGCAGUUCUUGACGUCAAGUCUGCUCCCGGUGGAAGUGAACUUCUCGCCGCCGUCGGCGACGACAGCGGUUUUACCUUUGCCUCCAAGAGCGUUCUCGGCAAAUCUCCACUCUCAGCCUGGGACAACCCAAUGUUCACAACAUCUACUAGCGCUGACUACGCCGGCAAGAAGGUCGGCAAUGUCGUACGAGCUGGAAACAGUGAUAGCAACCCUCAAGUCGCGCUAUCAUCCGACGGCGGUAAAUCGUGGAAGGUUCAUGGCGCUGCUGAGCAAGGUCCCAAGGGAGGUUCGAUCUCAUACUCAGCCAAUGGAGAUACUAUCCUCUGGUCCCCCGAGAACAGAGGUGUCUUGAGAUCUCAAAACGAAGGCAGCUUCGCUUCCGUCUCAAGUCUACCGAACGGCGCCCUCGUCGCUAGUGAUAAGCAGGACAACGACUACUUCUACGGUGCAUCAGGAUCAAAGUUCUAUGUCUCCAACAACACAGCCUCAAGCUUCUCCACAGGAGGAUCUCUCGACGGAGCCAACUCAGUCAAAGAUAUUGCCGCUCAUCCUACCAAGGCCGGAGAGGUCUGGGUCUCCACCGACGCUGGUAUCUUCCGGAGCACAGACUACGGUAGCGCCUUUUCCAAGAUCGGGGUUCUUAGCAAGACUGAGCAGAUUGCUCUCGGUAAGGGUUCUGGAAGCAAUUGGAAUGUGUAUGCUUUUGGAACAGGCUCUGCUGGGCGCAAGUUGUACGGUAGCUCUGAUCUUGGCAAGACUUGGACGGAUCUUCAGGGUUCUAUGGGCUUUGGUGCUGCGGACAGUGCUAAGCUUGCUGGAAGUGGGAAUGAGGCGGGAUUGGUCUAUGUUGGAACCAACGGCCGUGGUGUCUUCUGGGGCCAGGGAACUAUCUGAGUAUAUACAUCCAGUCUAGGUCCCCUUUAGUCACGCUUCCGACUAUACUCACUACUUUCUAUCACCCGUCCUAUGCCUCCUUCCUAAGCCUACCGGAUAAUCCCUUUGAUGUGAAGCUAUCACGAUUAACGUCCUGUCCACUGGUCAAACAUGCUCAAUCUCAGUUGCCUUCAUCUUUCCCCCAUCUCGCUCGUCCAAGGCCCGAGCAGCAAUUCCCUGCAAAUAGUUGUCCCUCGCCCGAGACGCCAAGAUGGGCACAUCAGGUCCGAAGAGCAGAUCCAUAUCCUCCAGCUGAACUCCCUUGGUCUCGGGGAUGAACAGCCAUGCAAAGAUGAUUGCGAAAACAGUGCAUGCACCGAAGAAGAGGAAGGUUCCAUAGGUAAUACUAAACAGUCAG